AUGACCUCUUUGGCUUAUCUCGACCUGUCUUACAAUCGCAUUCAGAGAAUCGGUAACAACGCUUUCGAGAGGCUCGAGGGUCUCGAAUCACUUUUCUUACAGAACAAUGCUCUCCACGUAUUUCCUGAGGUGCCUUUAAGCAGUCUGAAUAAGUUACGCUAUCUGCUACUGGACAGUAAUCCGCUCGACUCAAUCCCGUCGUCAGCCUUCCGGAAACUCGAAAAACUGGAACGACUAAGCAUGAGUCGUACACUAAUAUCUUCUCUCGACAACGCUGCAUUCCAUUCACGAUCGAUUCCAUCACUGAAAUCGUUGAAUCUUGCCUUUUGCCGUAUCAAUUUGAUCGCAUCGAAGACAUUCUAUCAAAUUGACAGCUUGGAACAGGUGUUUAUCAACGAUAAUCUAGUGGAGACGAUCAAUUCUAUGGCGUUCGCUUCAUUGCCAUCCCUUCGCCAAUUGGAUCUAUCCGGGAAUCGUUUGAACGAGACUGCCGAAAGGUGUUUAUAUGAUAUACCUCAGCUGGAGUACCUAUCGUUGGCGAGGAAUAAACUGGAAUCGCUAACAAAAGGAUCUUUUAUAAAUCUGCUGAAUCUGGAGCAUUUCGACUUGAGUUUCAAUCAGUUGAAAGCAUUCGACUUCACUUUUCUACAGCAAACAUCGAGUGGAAUCAAAUUUCUGGAUCUAUCACAUAAUUUCAUCGAGAGUUUCGAUCUGAAUGCCGUUAAGCGAUCGUUAACCUCGUUGAAUCUGUCGAAUAAUCGAAUCCAAGCGAUCGGCAAGGCAACAAUGCAAGAUUUCGAUAAAUUAGCGAAACUAGAUCUAUCCUUCAACCAUCUGAUCGAAAUACAACCAACAGCAUUCGUGGCAUGUCCAAAACUAACCUUUCUCGAUCUAUCAAACAACCAUUUGCGCACAUUGUGGAAGGGCACGUUCGCUAAUCAGGAGACUUAUACGAGCUUAUCACUGUCCAAAAAUGCAAUAAUCGGUCUGGAUUCGGAUGCUUUCGGUGCGGAUAAUUUGUUUAAUCUGGAUUUAUCCUACAAUCAACUGAAAGCUGUGCCUCAACACGCGCUAUCGUCGAUUCGAAACAGUAUCACAACCCUGAAUCUCAAGGGUAAUCGUAUCAAAUCGCUGCAUGUGAUGGAUUUCUUUGCAAUGAACAAUUUAACCGAAUUGAUUUUGUCGGAUAAUUUGAUCGAUACUAUUGAAGAGGCCGCAUUCGCAUCGUUAUCGAAACUGACCAAACUGGAUUUGAGUCAUAAUCCAGUGGUUACCUGGAAUCCACAUGCCUUUAAGGAGUUGAGCCAUACAAUUGAGUCGUUGAAUUUGGCCAAUACGGGUCUGUUCUCGUUGCCAAAGAUCACGAAUCGUGGCUUACGGCAUCUAAACAUAAGCCACAAUAAGAUCCACGAACUGAAUCCGCAGGACUUGGCCAAUUACAAUAAACUGAUCUCAAUCGAUAUAUCAUAUAAUAAUUUCCGUAAAUUGGAUCCGCAACUCUUCGAAACCAUUCUGGAGUUGAAACAUUUGAAUAUCAGUGGAAAUCGAUUCGAGCGGCUCUGUGAACGACACUUCGAGAACCUCUACAAUUUGGAAACCCUGUCAAUGACCGAUCUGAAAGCACUGCAAAGACUUCCUGAACCUCGGGCUUUCCGUCAUCUACGCCAUCUUCGUAGCUUAUUGGUCUAUAAUUUACCAUCUGUCAUCCCGAAAUCUUACAAUAUCUCCGAGAUUCUGCGGCAUCUACCUCCGUUAAGAAGCCUAGCUGUUGAAAUCAAAGAGCCAAUCCUAAGUAACCAAUUGUAUGCGGCUGAUUUAAGGUUGCUUCGUCACAUCACGAUCACUGGAAUGCAUCUUAAAAAGAUAGACACAGGAGCAUUUGCCUAUAUUCGUGGCUAUAAAAUUGAUCUGACGGUUCGUGACACGCAAUUGAAAGAAUUCCCGUCAUCUGUGUUCAAUACGUUGACGAGUGUCAGCUUUUUGAGUUUAUCUCUAAUUAAUAAUCAAAUCGAGUCAAUCAAUCCCUUUUCAUACACAAAAUCACCAGUGAUCAACCAGCAUGGAACGAUCCUGCACGAUAUUAAUUUAAAAGAUAAUCAAAUUGAAUGUGAUUGUCGUUUAAAAUGGCUCUCUACAUGGCUGGAAUAUGCCCAAGGGGUUCACCGUCACAAUUACGCACCCCUCAACGAAACAAUUUGCUGGAAUAAGGCUGGUGGUACCACAACUUUGUAUGAAUAUUAUUCAGAUCGUAAUAAUUUACGAAAGUGUUUCACUGAUAGCAUAGGUGGUGUCCGCGACUCGUCCAGUGCUAGACGUCGAACUAAUUUUGGAGCUUUAGCUUCUGGAGCCUCAGGUUUGGCCUCAGCUCAUCAGAUUAGGAGCAGAUACAGCCGUGGGGAUAUGAUAUCAGUGGAUCAGGCCUUCGGCUUCAGUUCACGUUUAAGAAAGCUAGAGUGGGCGAAAAAUUUCGCUGAAAUGAGCCCGAAUCUUAUUUAG